AUGGCGGCCCAGCGGAGGAAUUUGAUGCAGAGCCAUCAGAGCUGGACAGAUGACCUGCCGCUGUGUCAGAUGUGCGGGGUUGGCACAGCACCCAACUGUGUGUACGCUGCAGAGGGUAAAGGCACCGAGAGCCACCCCAACGAGGAUGCACACCUCAGGUUCAGAGGCGAGGACGGCUGUUUCCUCUACGGGGUUUUUAACGGGUACGACGGCAGCAGAGUAUCCAGUUUCGCUUCGCAGUGUCUGACAGCCGAACUGCUGCUCGGACAGCUCAGCUCCAGUCACACGGACAACGACGUCCGCAGGAUCUUCACACAGGCCUUCGAUGUGGUGGAGAAGAGCUACUUUAGCGAGAUAGAUGACGCUCUGGCGGAGAAAGCUCACCUGUCCAACUUCCUCGUACCACACAAUGAGAACGUGUCAUUCCAGAUUUCGUCUCAGAAUCAAAAGGUACAGGAGCGUUUGAAGGAGCUGGAGCAGGAAGUGUCAGGAGGAGCUACGGCCGUGGUGGCGCUGAUCCUCAACAACAAGCUUUAUAUCGCCAACGUUGGAACCAACCGGGCACUGCUGUGCAAGUCCAGCAGCGACGGCCAGAACCAGGUUCUCCAGAUCGGGCGACCGCACAGUACCGACAACGAGGAAGAGCUGCAGAGACUGGCUGCACUGGGAGUGGAUUCGGCUCGUAUAAGGCAGGCGGGGCAGAUCGCUGGCCAGAGCAGCACCAGGAGGCUCGGAGACUACAGGGUUAAACUCAACUAUAAUGAAAUGGACCUGCUCAGCGCGGCCAAGUCGAAGCCAGUCAUCGCAGAGCCGGAGAUUCACGGCAGCCAGUCGUUGGACAACGUGACGGGCUUCUUGUUGCUGAUGUCAGAGGGUCUCAUCAAUGCACUCGAGUCCGCCCACGGCCCCGAACAGGCCAAUCAGGAAAUAGUUGCCAUGGUAGCAGCAGAGCUGGCUCAGCAGACCAGCCUGGAGGCGGUGGCUCAGUCGGUGGUAGAGCGCAUCAAACGGCUGCACCACGAUGCUUUCGUGUCCGGCCGUCAGAGGGCAGCGCUCUGUUCCCGGCAUGAGGACAUGACCCUGCUCAUCCGCACACUCAACUACCCGCUGGUGGACGGAGCGCUGACCCCCACACAGGGCGGUCGUAUCUACCCGGUGUCAGUGCCCUACUCCAACAGUCAGAGCACCAGUAAAACCAGCGUCACCCUCUCCCUGGUCAUGCCUUCCCAAAGUACCCUCACCAACGGAACAAACACCGCCUCCACCCUGGAGGAAGGAACCCCGACGCCAGGCAGUCAGAGCCCUACAGCGACCCUCCAGUCCACCAACACCCAGACGCAGAGCUCCAGCUCCAGCUCGGGAGACGGCAGCCUGUUCCGCCAGCGGGGCAGCCAGGCGGCGCAGCCUGACGAGACGGGCAGGGUCCCACCCUACGUGGACUUCAGUCAGUUCUACCGACUGUGGGGGACUGACCACAGCGACAGCCAGAGCAGCCAGGGAGGGCUGGGACCCCAGUGAAGGGAGGAAGAGGAGGGUGCCAGUCAGAAGGGGACGGACCAGCUUUUCUUGUUAAAAUGAGGCACAUGGAGUGUGAUGGGACAGUUUGGAUGAAUAAAAGAACGCUGUUAGUGUAUCAUAGCUAAAAAUAGGUGACCUAAAGGUGCAUGGGGACGCAUCGAGGACUGGAGGGCGGGGGUUUCAAGGUCUUGCUAUCAAAGAGCUCAUGAUGUAUUGGGUUACAGAAUAAUCCCUUACACAGAUGUGAGUAAGAGUGAAAGUGGUGCCACCAACGCUGCACACUAUGAGAUGACCUCACCUCUUCUGUAAUAGAGGCGGAUCAUGAUUGUGAAUAUAUGUAAUCCAGAUUGUAGCCACUUUUGCCAGAUGUAAAAAACAAAAAAAGCCUAAAAAAAAACCUGUAUCUGCACACAUGAUUGUCACAGACCUUCAGGGUUUGUGGAGUCAAGAGAGAGAGGAAAUGCAUAAGGCCUUAAAAGUUUUUGAAUAUGAAUGGAUGAGCUUGUAAGUACUUUUUUAUUUGUAAUGAAAUUAUAUCACCCAAUGUAAUCAUUAGGCUCCGACUCCUCUUCAUCCGAACACACAUGAUCACUAUUGACUAUGCUAUAGAUACUGAACGAUGUCACGGUUCACACAUUCAUGAAUCACAGGAGUUAAGGUGAUACAGUUAGACCCAAUUUGCCUGUCAGUUUUAUUUCAUUUUUAUUUCUACAAACGAGAUCUUCCAAGUGUCAUUCCUGAAGAUUUACUUUUGUUUAAUGCAGCGGUACCUUUGGUGACUCAUGGUGACAUCAGAUGUAUUUUAAUUAACACGUGACAUAAUCUAGACUUUCAAUCAUAAUGACAUCAGUGUUCAGAGCACUCUGAAGUCUGCAGCCAUCUAAAGCCAUGCUGGAAUAAAGCUUACUCAAUACUAUAAAUAUCACAUGAGAAGUCAGGGCAUCACCAAAGUCAUUAGGGUUCCCUAUCUGGGAACCAUGACCGUCACCACUAAAGUUUAGACAUAUCCAACAAGUAGAUGCUAAGGCUGGGUGAUAUGGUCAGAAUCAAAUAUCACAAUAUUUCUGACCAUGUACCUCGAUAUCUAUUGAUAUAUCUCGAUAUAUUUUGACAAUAUUGUAGGGAUGACUAUCAGUGGUUUGACAAAAAUGUUUAAAUAAUCAUCAGUAAUGUGGAUAUAAUGACUAAGUGGAUAAAAGCAGAUAAUAGAACAGUCUGUUAAGCUCAGAAAAUGACAUCUUUACUGUAAAGCAGCUUUUAAAACCAGGAAAAGACACUUAUUCCAUAUCACCAUAUCACGAUAUUCAAAAUCAAAGACGAUAUCUAUAAAAUAUCACAAUAUCGAUAUAAUAUGGAUCUAUUGCCCAGCCCUGGUAGAUGUUGAGGUGUUUCAUUUGAUAAGUUAAACAUUUUACCAGCUGGUGGCACCAGAGGAAAAGUCAGAGGACCGUCAAAGUCCAUUAAAUAGGAAAACCAUGAAUGUGUUUACAAAAUGUAAUGGCUAUCCAAAUGUUGAGAUAUUUAAGUCUGGUUUAAAGUGGUGGACCGACCAACAGACCAACAUCACCUUCUGUAGAUAAAUGCAUGGUGAAACUCUAAUAACUGAGCAUUAGUGUAGUUCUGUGAAAAUGAGAGCAGCUAAUCUCUCUUCACUUUUUUUUUUAGCCACAACCAGCCACAACCUCACUUCUUUCACAUUCAACAUACAUUUCUCUGAGUAAACGCAUCAUUUUCUUUAGCUGGAAACAGCAGACUCACCAACAGCAACGGCAAAACAGCACCUAACUUAACACUUACAGAACACAAAUACACUGAAUGGUUACUGCAAUAAGAAAAAAGAAAAAUACCAGCAUCAAAUAUGAUCCUUUAAAUAAUAAUCUGAAGAAUUAAUACUUGAAAUGUAUCUGAAGAGACCUUGGGAGUUUAAUUUGAUGUCUGAUACUUUGAGUAAAAACUUCAUCUAGUCUGCUCA